AUGAAAUUUAUCUUUUACUAUCUUGUUUCUAUUAUUGUCUUCCUCUAUACAACAGUUAUCUCCGGCUUCCCACCAGUAACAAAUACUAAAGUUAUUAUUGUCAAAACUUCAUCUAGUAAUGGAAGACCACCAAUGAGAGGAAGAUCACCAAGUCCAAAAAGAAGAAGAUCACCAAGUCCAAAAAGAGGUAGAUUUCCAAGUCCAAGAAGAGGUUAA